AUGGCCGACGACAUCACGAUCGGGCCACCUGUCGACCCUACCAGGACGCCGCGGCCGUUUCCAACCACCACCCUCACGCUGCCACCACCAACGUCUACAUGGGUCCCCGCUCCCAGCACUACAUCUUUUCCCCAAACAACGUCCCCCACUUCGACAAGCCCUCCCUCGCCAUCAUCAAAUAAACCAACGCCGUCGCCGUCGACUUCGUCCCCAAAUCCUUGGCCCCAGCCACCCUCGACCUCGUCAUCACCUGAUGCGCCAUCGCCAUCACGAUCCAACGCAGAGUCGAAACCCAUCCCAUCCACAAGUGUACCCACGACGGUGUCUAGCACUGGGCCCUAUCUGUCGUCCAGAGUGCCCGAUGUCGUCGCGGCGGAGACUGUACCCACUCCAGACGUCGUCGUCGGGGAUUCGCGUGCCGACCGUACACCAGCUUCGACCGCGACGUCGGCUCUCUCUUCUGACGACACGACGUCCAGCCUUGGCUCCUCGCUGAUCGUCAUUGUCGGCGUUUGCGUCGUUGGGAGCGUCGCCGUGUUCUUAGCUCUCCGGCGCCGCCGCCAAACGAACAAGAAUCGCAUGACGAUGGUGUCUCCACCCGUCACUCGUGGCAGACACAACGGCCCGACAGACUGGUGCGACCGGUCGCCCCACCAUCAUAUUAGUUUUGUCGAUGCGAUCCUGACCAAGCGCGGCCCCCCCGUCUCCCUCUAUUCCCCCGGCAGCACCCGGGGCUUUGACUCGUUGGAGCAACUGAGUAAAGUGGCACCGCCCCCGUCCUACGUGACGAGUGUGGGGGCGACCGGGUUGGCCGUCACCACAACCUAUGGAAAGGCCGUAAAGGACCCACCGUCGAACCAUGAGCGCGUGGCACUAGAGCCCCCUCGCCGGCUGAACAUGGCCGUGGCAGCCACCGUUCCAUCGAGUGCGCCCUCUCACGUCGUCGAGGACGUUAUUACACUCGGGCUGCCCCGCCGCGAGCGUAUCGAAGUCCAGCAAGUCAUGGCGUCGCCAGCAUCGUCUUCGCAAACCACAUUCUCGUUGUAAUGAGAAACACCCGUUGAUAUCAUCGUGUGGCUUCGUCCACUCAAAGGAGUCGAAUGCAUCGCAUAGCGGGAAACAACCACGCGACCAUCGUCGCAACGGCACGCGUAGACCUGGGACGGCUUGCUCCAAGUAGUUCUUCCCUGGGUCAAGAGUAUUCAUCGUGCUAACGGGCCGCCCACUCAACAACCUCGCUCGUUCGAGAGGGACAACGCGGCAUGCUGCGCUGAAAC